UGCCCUCUCCCUCUCUCUUCUAUUCCCCAAAUGUCUUUGCGAGUAAAAGUCUCUAUUGGAGUCUUACCAAUUCGUCGUCACAUACACAAACCCCUUCUUCUUAUACCUCACUCUCAUCGCAUCUUAUCUUCCCUCACAUAACCAAAUUAAUUACAGUCUUAAAGAAAAGAAGAAGAAAAAUGUCGUUAACUCAACUUAUCUUCAAUUACGUACUCGUCUUUCUCAUCCUCUCCGGCUCCGCUUCCUCUCAAAAGUUAGCCAAAGAUGAAGUGGACGUUUUAAGAGCCGUAGCGAAGGGGUUACACCAAAAUAACUGGGAUUUCACUGUAGAUCCAUGCGACGUCGCUUCAACCGUAGGAGGAUGGAGAACUCCUUACACAGACAAGAACUUCGAAAACAAUGUUACUUGUAACUGCUCCUCCUCCGUUUGCCAUGUCACCAACAUAGUUGUCAAGGGACAAAACCUAAAUGGAUCUCUUCCUAAAGAGUUUGCAGAACUUCCUUUUCUGCAGGAGAUUGAUCUGUCUAGAAACUUUCUCAAUGGUUCAAUUCCUCCCGAAUGGGGAGCCUUGCCACUUGAAAAACUUUCCUUACUUGGAAACCGAAUAACUGGUCCAAUCCCAAAAGAGAUUGGAAACAUCACAAGCCUUAUCAUCCUUACCUUGGAAUUCAACCAGAUUUCAGGUAAAUUACCUUCAGAGCUUGGGAAUCUAUCAAACAUUAACAGAAUGCUUCUUAGCUCGAACUACUUGAGUGGAGACAUCCCAAGUACAUUCUCCAAACUUACAACAUUGACUGAUUUCCGUAUAAGUGACAACAAGUUCACUGGAACUAUACCAGAUUUGAUCCAGAACUGGACAAAACUUGGAAAACUGGUUAUUCAAGCAAGUGGUUUGGCCGGACCAAUUCCUAGUACCAUUGGUUCUCUUACAAAGUUAACAGACUUGAGGAUCAGUGACCUGAGCGGACCAGAGUCUCCAUUUCCGCCACUACAAAACAUGAAAUUGUUGGAGACAUUGAUUUUUAGGAACUGCAAUCUUCCAGGAGAGUUACCAGCGUAUCUUGGACGGAUCACAUCAUUAAAGCUCUUAGAUCUUAGCUUUAAUAAGCUAAGUGGACGGGUUCCAGUAACAUAUAGAGCUCUUUCCAACGUAGAUAACAUAUAUUUUACAAGUAACAUGUUAAGUGGGGAAGUGCCAACUUGGAUGGUAGACAAUGGAGAUAAGAUUGAUCUAACUUACAAUGACUUUACCAAUGAUCUAAGAACCGCAGAAUGUCAGAAGAAUGCUGUGAAUAUGUUUUCAAGCACAAGCCCUAUAGUGGCGAAUAACCACUCAAACGUUUCGUGUCUGAGUAGCUAUAAAUGUCCCAAAACUUUCUAUGGACUUCAUAUAAACUGUGGUGGUUCUGAACUUACAAUCAAUGGGACUAAGUAUGAUGCUGAUACAUCGGAUAGACCAAUCUUCUACGACAGUAGAAACGGUUGGGUUUCAAGCAACACCGGGAAGUUCUUGGAUGAUGAGCGGUCUCCCAAUGAAGUAACCUUAUGGGCAAAUACGUCAGAGCUUAGUAUAGCAGAUCCUAGUCUUUAUACACAUGCACGUCUCUCUGCCAUUUCCCUCACUUACUACGCAUUUUGUCUUGGACAAGGAAACUACACUGUUAAUCUCCACUUUGCUGAAAUUGUGUUCACUGGCAACCAAACAUUUAGCAGUUUGGGGAGACGAUUCUUUGACAUAUACGUUCAGGGAAAGUUUGUGCUUAAGGAUUUCAAUAUAGUAGAUGAGGCAAAAGGUGUUGGAAGAGCUGUGGUUAUGCGUUUCCCGGUCAUGAUUACAGAUGGGAAACUUGAAAUAAGAUUGUUCUGGGCUGGCAAAGGAACUCAAGGUCUUCCUACAAGAGGUGUAUAUGGUGCUCUCAUAUCAGCUAUAUCCGUAGAUCCAAAUUUCAUUCCACCUAAGGAAGCUGGCACCGGAAGUGGUGGUGGAAGCUCUAUUGGCACGUUGGUUGGUGCUGUGGUUGCUUCGACGUUGUUUCUUGUGCUUUUAAUCGGUGGUAUUUUAUGGUGGAGAGGUUGCUUAAGACCCAAGAGUCAGAUGGAAAAAGAUUUCAAGAACUUGGAUUUCCAGAUAAGUUCCUUUUCGUUGAGGCAAAUCAAAGUUGCUACAAACAACUUUGAUCCAGCAAACAAGAUUGGAGAAGGUGGUUUCGGUCCUGUACACAAGGGAACGUUGACAGAUGGAACAGUAAUGGCGGUGAAGCAGCUAUCAUCAAAAUCAAAACAAGGGAACAGAGAGUUCUUGAACGAGAUUGCUAUGAUUUCUGCUCUACAACAUCCACAUUUGGUUAAACUAUAUGGAUGUUGCGUCGAAGGUGACCAGCUCUUGUUAGUCUACGAGUACUUAGAAAACAACAGUCUCGCUCGAGCACUUUUUGGACCUCAAGAGACUCAAAUACGACUAGAUUGGCCAACUAGGCAGAAGAUUUGCGUUGGAAUAGCUAGAGGUUUAGCUUAUCUUCAUGAGGAAUCAAGACUCAAGAUUGUACACAGAGAUAUCAAAGCCACUAAUGUCUUGCUAGAUAAGGAACUCAACGCAAAGAUUUCGGAUUUCGGUCUUGCUAAGCUUGAUGAAGAAGAAAACACACACAUCAGCACACGAGUGGCAGGAACAUACGGAUACAUGGCUCCAGAAUACGCCAUGAAAGGUCAUUUGACAGAUAAAGCAGACGUCUAUAGUUUUGGAGUUGUGGCCCUAGAAAUCGUUCAUGGAAGAAGCAACACGAUCACACGUUCCAGAGUCGAGACCUUUAACCUUCUUGACUGGGUACACGUUCUAAGGGAGCAAAACAAACUGAUGGAAGUAGUUGACCCGAGGCUUGGAACAGAUUACAACAGAGAAGAAGCAAUGACCAUGAUCCAGAUAGGGAUCCUAUGCACCAGUCAAGUUUCGUCGGAAAGACCAUCCAUGUCGACGGUGGUGAGCAUUCUCGAAGGAAGUUCCACGGUGAAUGUUGAGAAGCUUCUUGAAGCUUCGUUCAACAAAGGAAGCGAGAAAGACGAAGAGAGCGUGAGGGCGAUGAAGAAGCAUUACGCGAUGAUAAAUGAAGAGGAGAUGACUAUGUUGGAUCAGACUAUGAGCACGGACGGACCAUUCACGUCGUCUUCUACUUCCACGGCCAACGCCAGCGAUCUUUACCCUCUUAAGCCUGAUUCUGCUUAUUGGAACUCUAGGGCCGUUUAGUUAUGCAUCAUGUUAAAAGAAAAAACACUAUGAAGCAAGUAACUGUGUGUUUUCUUUUUGUUUUUCUUUUUUGUAAAAUUUACUUUUGAAUUGUGAUAAAUUUGUGUUUAAGAUAAUUAGAAGGUACUACCCAGCGUUAAAAAAACAAGACGAUUAGAAGGUUA